UAACAGGCGCCUUCACCCCCGCUAUCCUCCUACUCCCAACCACACGAGCCAUUAAUUCUUCAGAGCAUUAGACCAUCAUUACAGCUGUGCCCAGUCCGAACCAUAGAAAUGGGAACACGUUGAGAACAUAGAUUUAUCGGGUCAUGAUUGACGACCGCCCCACCUUUCGUGGCAACUGCGGGUAGAUAACUAUCAUCAGAUAAGAGUCUUUAACUCUUUGCUGCAUUUUUAUUGUGUUGUUUUAUCAGCGACAGCAGCAUUCUGAUUUUCUCUUGGAGCUAUAAGUAGGACUUCCCAAGAUCCAAAAUUAUAAGGAGUCUUGGUUGUUUUGAGUCCUGAAGCAAAGCCUCAAAGAGAGAUAAGAGAACUUAGUUUGGCAGGCUCCAAGAAAACUAUUCUCCUUCUCUCUGUCUUCAGGAAUAUCUAGUAUUUGUCUUUCUUCAAUUAUUUGCCACCAUAUUGUUAGAAUUUGAUUGAGCUGAGAGGCAAGACCUCACAAGAGCAAAAGAAUAUAGUGGAAAGAGUUUCUUUUUUAUUGGUUAAAUUAGAAAGAACAGAGGAAAGCAAGGUAGCACUGUCAGGAAAAUGGUUGCACCUCUGUCAACUUGGCCUUGGGAGAACUUGGGAAUUUUCAAGUAUAUGCUUUACGGCCCUAUAGCUGCAAAAGUUUUGUAUUCAUGGAUCUAUGAGGAUACCCUUAAGGAUCUCUGGUGUCUUCAUAUACUCGUUAUAUGUGCUUUGAGAGGAUUAAUUCAUCAGCUAUGGAGCUCUUACAAUAACAUGCUUUUCCUAACUCGCAAUCGUCGGAUUAAGCAGCAAGGAAUUGAUUUCAAGCAGAUCGACAGAGAAUGGGACUGGGACAAUUUCAUAAUUCUUCAAGCUCUGUUAGCUUCCAUGGCCUGCAUGAUCUUCCCAUCCUUGGAUGGCCUUCCUCUCGUGAACCCAAAAGGAUUUAUUACUUUACUGUUACUGCAUGUCACAAUUUCGGAGCCCUUAUAUUAUUGGGCUCAUAGGUUUCUCCAUGAAAGCUACCUUUUCACCCAUUAUCAUUCACUUCACCAUUCAUCUCCGGUACCCCAUCCCUUUACAGCUGGACAUGCAACACUUUUAGAGCACCUUAUAUUAUGUAUAGUGAUCGGAAUUCCGAUGACGGGGUCUAUUCUGAUGGGUUAUGGAUCAACAAGCAUGAUUUAUGGCUAUGUUUUGGCAUUUGAUUUUCUCAGAUGCCUUGGACAUUCCAAUGUUGAAGUUGUUCCCCAUGAAAUUUUCAACAAGUUACCUUUCCUUAGAUAUUUGGUUUAUACCCCCACGUACCAUAGCCUGCACCACACAGACAUGGAGACCAACUUCUGUCUAUUCAUGCCGCUGUUUGACGCAAUGGGAAAUACGCUUAACGGGAACUCGUGGCAGCUACACAAGAAAAUCAGUUCAGGUUCAGGAGCGAAAGAAGGGAGGGUACCAGAUUUUGUGUUCUUAGCACAUGUGGUGGACGUAAUCUCAGCGAUGCAUGUCCCAUUUGUCUUCAGAUCAUUCGCAUCGAUACCAUUUUCCACAAGGAUCUUUCUACUGCCCAUGUGGCCUGAAACUUUUAUGGUUAUGCUAAUGAUGUGGGCUUGGUCUAAGACCUUCCUCCUCACUUUCUACAAUCUUAGAGGCCGUUUGCACCAGACAUGGGUCGUUCCUAGAUUCGGCUUCCAGUAUUUCUUACCAUUUGCAACGGGGGGCAUCAACAGGCGCAUAGAGGAGGCCAUUCUCAGGGCUGAUAGGAUAGGGGUCAAGGUCAUUAGCCUUGCUGCAUUAAAUAAGAAUGAGGCUCUGAAUGGUGGAGGAACACUCUUUGUUGACAAGCAUCCAGACCUUAAAGUCAGAGUUGUCCAUGGCAAUACCUUGACAGCUGCAGUUAUUCUGAAUGAAAUUCCUAAGGAUGUGAAAGAAGUGUUUCUAACUGGAGCUACUUCCAAGCUCGGUAGAGCCAUUGCUCUCUACCUCUGUCGAAAGAGAGUACGCGUUCUUAUGUUGACUUUAUCGACUGAAAGGUUUCAAAAAAUACAAAAGGAAGCCCCAGCAGAUUGCCAAGACUACCUUGUCCAGGUGACCAAGUAUCAAGCUGCUCAAAAUUGUAAGACAUGGAUCGUUGGCAAGUGGAUAACACCAAGGGAGCAGAGUUGGGCACCAUCUGGAACACAUUUCCAUCAAUUCGUGGUCCCGCCCAUUUUGGCCUUCAGAAGAGACUGCACCUACGGUGAUCUCGCAGCCAUGAGGUUGGCCGAUGAUGUUGAAGGCCUUGGAUAUUGUGAGUAUACGAUGGAGAGAGGAGUUGUGCAUGCAUGCCAUGCAGGAGGCGUGGUUCAUCAGCUGGAAGGCUGGACUCACCACGAAGUUGGGGCCAUUGAUGUCGAUAGAAUCGAUCUAGUCUGGGAAGCUGCUCUCAAGCAUGGUUUAAGGCCAGUGUCAAGUGUAAACAAGAAAGAUUCAUUGUGAUAAAUAAAUACCAUGAAAGAAGAAAAAAAAUAAAAACGAAAAAGAAAUUGAAUUUGAAAAUUGAAAAUAUAUGGUUAUAACAGGUCUCUUUUUUUCUUUAAUGAUUCAGCGUUUGAAGAAAACAACUAUGGUCUAGCUACAACUGAUCGUAACAUGAAGUACUGCCAUGUAAUAUGUACUUGAUAAAUUAAAAUAUUUAUUUAUACCUUGAUUGAGCAAAGGUGUAAUUUAA